CCAAGGUCGACACUAGAGUCCGCGCCACGUGCCGAGGCUGCACAAUGAGACUCCUGAUAACAAGUGGGCGACAUUGCUCUUGAACACACUGGCAACAGUGGGAUGGAAGGAGGCAGACAGGAAGACACAAGGAACAGGGGCAACCUUCUCUCUCUACUAGGGUUACAGUGGCCUUGUCUGAACACUUCUACAGGAAGCUUUUAAGGGCUAAUGGUUUCUUUCUUAGUUUUUCUAUGUUAAAGUUAACAAAAUAAGAUAGAUAAUGGCCGUUAAUAAGCAAAAUGGGUUUAAAAUGAAAAGUAAGUCAUGUUUUUAUCCAAUGUCUAAAAAAUAUUGAGGCUGCCUGGCCACGCGACAUUAAGUCAACAUGUAAACAGACUAAAGGAGAUGAAGAGAGAGUGAGAGUGAGGGAGAGAAGAAAGACACACCAGCAGGAGGGUAAAAGCUGGAGAAGGAGGGAGGGUGUGAGUACAUGCAUACAAGCUCACAAUGUUGGUGAAGUUCCCAACGCCUGUGUGUUACUGAGUGUGUCACUGGGAUUGUUUUCAAGUACAGGCGAGUCUGUAGACCACAUGCUUCACAAUAAACGUCCGUCUGUUGCUGAUGUUGGCAUCACAGAUUAUAUCUAGCAUCUAGCACAUGAUGCAGUAACAAGAGGUCAUUGUUUUUUAAGCAAUUAGCCGACAUUCUGCAAGUCGUGGCAGCCCCCUGAGAGUAUAUAAAUGAUGGAAACUCCUACUGAAACCUACUCUGAUGCCCACGUGCCAGUGUGUUUCUUGUCCACAUGUUGUACUGAAGGAUUUGUUACCAUUUACAGGUAAGUAUGAUACCAGUCAACAGACGGCCUCUUGGCAAACUUCAAAUUAUUUAGAGCAGCUGAGCCUCGCGAUGGGCGCCGUGUCUGUAACGGUUCUGACUGUGACACUGGCAUUCAGUCUGUACUCGAGGACAAACUCUUUGCCACAGCUUUCACACAGCCAGGAGGUGACUCACACGCUGACUGAAGGCAAACAACAGUCGACACUCUUAAACAGAGUCUCACAAGAUACUCAAGCUGACCAGAAGGUUCCAGAAUGCUCUGGUCAACAAAUCACUCAGGAUGCCUUUGUGGCUGACUAUCUGCUGCUCGGCUACAACAGCCUCAAGGGAAACCCUCUAAGGUCAGGUCGUGACCCCGGCUUCACCCUCCCCAUCUUUUCUCCUGAGUACAACAGCGGCCACGUGACUCCAGACUGUCGCUCCAACGUACCGGUAGGUGUGAUUGUGGCAUCAGAUGUGUCAUGUGUCACAUCCUUCACCUCCAAGGUGGUGGCGACGCCGUACGACCUGACCAAGCUGCUGACUGGCACCGCGCACGUUGGUGAUGUCGGGUGGGGGCCUUCAUUCUCGGCAAGUGACGACUUCAGGACCCUCUCCCACAAACUGCGAGACAACAUCUUGGUCGUCUCAACAGCCACGUGCAGUUCGUACCACGUGACACUUUCACCGCUAGAACCGCCACCAUUUAGCUCGGUGUUUCUCCACUGGAUCCUCAAACUCAAUGACACAGACGACGACGAUGUGUACCUGGAGUUCCUCCACACCUUCGGCACACACUUCGUGUCACGGGCCCGCUUCGGGGCGUCGUUAACUCUCGUGCACACCAUGAAGGACAGCGACUACCGGCGGCAAACACAGAGUCACGUGACGGCGGCCGCCACCUACUUCGCUGCUGCGCGACUUGGACACUCCUGACCUUGACUCUCAUCAGCA